CGCCGACCCCAUGGCCGCGGGCGUGGAGCAGCGGCUGGGCGGCCUCCCCGUCUUCACCCGCGACGACUUCGAGGGCACCUGGCGCCCAGUGGCGAGCGGCGGCUUCAGCCAGGUGUUCCAGGCGCGGCACAAGCGCUGGCGGACCGAGUACGCCAUCAAGUGCUCCCGCUGCCUCCAGCCUGACACCACCAGCUCUGAUGUGAAUUGCCUCAUUGAAGAAGCAACCAAAAUGGAGAAGAUCAAGUUUCAGCACAUCGUGUCCAUCUACGGGGUAUGCGAGCAGCCCCUGGGUAUUGUGAUGGAGUUCAUGGCCAACGGCUCCCUGGAGAAGAUGCUGCCCACCCACAGCCUCUGCUGGCAGCUCAAGUUCCGCAUCAUCCAUGAGACCGGCUUGGCCAUGAACUUCCUCCACAGCAUUAACCCACCACUGUUCCACCUGGACCUCAAGCCAGGCAACAUCCUCCUGGACAGCCACAUGCAUGUCAAGGUUUCGGACUUCGGCCUGUCCAGGUGGAUGGAACAGUUGACCCGGAUGCAGUACAUCAAGAGGUCAGCUCUGCAGGGCACCCUCAGCUACAUCCCCCCUGAGAUGUUCCUGGAGAGUAACAAGGGCCCAGGGCCCAAAUACAAUGUGUACAGCUUCGGGAUUGUCAUCUGGCAGAUCCUCACUCAGAAGAAACCGUAUUCAGGCUUCAACAUGAUGACCAUUAUGGUGCGAGUGGCCGCAGGCCUGCGGCCCUCCCUGCAGCCUGUCUCUGAUGAGUGGCCGGCUGAGGCCCAGCAGAUGGUGGACCUGAUGAGGCGCUGUUGGGACCAGGACCCCAAGAAGAGGCCCUGCUUUCCAGACAUCGCAGUGGAGACAGACAUGCUGCUGUCCCUGCUCCAGAGUCCUGUGGUUGACCCAGAGAGCGAGGCCCUGGCCAGGAAGGUGUCCUGCACAGCGUGUCUGUGCCGGCCCCGGGAGGUCAGUGAGGAGAUCAGCCAGGAGCUAACAGACAGCGACUCAGGAGACUACUUGAAGCGGGUCCUGCCUCUCUUAGACAGCGAGAGCCUGGUCCUGAGCGAUGAGCAGCUGCGCAUCCGUGAGAACAAGGUCACCCCCCUCCACUUCCUGGUGGCUCAGGGCUGCCUGGAGCGGGUGAGGCUUCUGCUGGCCCAGGAGGUCCACGUGGACUGCCAGACGGCCUGCGGCUACACUCCCCUCCUCGUCGCCACCCAGGACCAGCACCCUGACCUCUGUGCCCUGCUCCUGAAGCACGGUGCCAACGCCAACCUGGCGGACGAGGACGGCUGGGCCCCGCUGCACUUCGCAGCCCAGAAUGGGGAUGACCGCACUGCCCGCCUCCUCCUGGACCACGGUGCCCGGGUGGAUGCCCAGGAGCACGAGGGGUGGACCCCGCUCCACCUGGCUGUGCAGAACAACUUUGAGAAUGUGGCACGGCUUCUGGUCUCCCGUCAAGCUGACCCCAACCUGCAGGAGGCUGAGGGCAAGACCCCUCUCCACGUGGCCGCCUACUUUGGCCAUGUCAGCCUGGUCAAGCUGCUGACAGGCCAGGGGGCCAAGCUGGAUGCUCGGCAGAGAAACCUGAGGACACCACUGCACCUGGUGGUGGAGCGAGGCAAAGUGAGGGCCAUCCAACACCUGUUAAAGAGUGGGGCGGCCGCUGAUGCCCUUGACCAGAGAGGCUAUAGCCCACUGCACAUCGCCACUACCAGGGGCAAGCACCUUAUCGGCAAGAUGCUGCUCAGGUACGGCGCCAGCCUCGAGCUGCCGACCCACCAGGGCUGGACGCCCCUGCAUCUAGCAGCCUACAAGGGCCACCUGGAGAUCAUCCACCUGCUGGCUGAGAGCCACGCAGAUGUGGGGGCUCCCGGAGGCAUGAACUGGACCCCCCUGCACCUGGCUGCCCAUCACGGGGCGGAGGUGGUGGUGUCCGCACUGCUGCAGUGUGGGGCUGACCCCAAUGCUCCCGAGCAGUCAGGCUGGACGCCCCUCCACCUGGCAGUCCAGAGGGGGGCCUUCCUGAGCGCCAUCAACCUCCUGGAGCACCGUGCAGACGUCCAUGCCCGCAACAAGGUGGGCUGGACGCCUGCCCACCUGGCCGCCCUCAAGGGCAACAUGGCCAUCCUCAGAGUGCUGGUCAAGGCCGGUGCCCAGCUGGACACCCAGGACGGGGUAGGCUGCACACCCCUGCAGCUGGCCCUCUGGAGCUAAAAGCAGGGCAUUGUCACCUUCCUAGAGGGCAAGGAGCCCUCACUGGCCAUUCUGGCUGGGGCUGAGCCUGGAGCCCAGACGGAAGUUUAGACAACCUGUGGUCUCCUUACCUGUAAGGAACAGAGGUUGGUGGAAGUGAAGCUGGGCUUCUGGCAGGGCCCCUUCCCUGUCCUUGCCAGCUGCCCCUUAGACCUUGAGAGGAGACGGGAACCUGGUCCCCUGGGUGGUGGAGCGAUGGGGAGAGGAACACGGAGGUUGUAGCUGGGGAAGGGGCCCCUGGCUCAGAGACGCCCUUUCAGCCCUUCCUGCAUGUGUGUCUCUAGCCAACUCUCAGCCUCCUCCUCCUGUACCUGGACUCAAGCCCCCAAAGUGAGUUCCCUCUUUAUUCCCAAGGUUCCUGCCACCUUUAACCACUUGCCUCUGAGUCCACAGGGGCCCUUGCAUCCUAGAACUCUCUCUGAAGAAGGAGGGAGGCACAGAGGAGAGGGAAGUGUUCGCUCCCAGCUCACGUCUGUGUCACUGGGCCCCUUUCUCCAGGCGCGGUCAGGACAGCCAGACACACGUGCUUUGUGCAAGGGCAGGAGCUGAAAGUUCGGAGGAGUUUCCCACUUCCAGUUGAAAGCCCCGGCCAAGAGCCCAUUGCUGCACUGACCACCUUCCUGGCGGCUCUGGUCCCAGGGCCCAGAUCUGCCAUACAGUCUCUUGCGGGGAAGGAAGGGUCUGCUCCAACCGCCCACGAGUGACCUUACAUGGGACGCUUGGUCCCUGGUCCCCCUGCC